ACUGUAAGUCCACCACAGAUGUGGCAAGAUGUGAUCCAAUAUUUCCAGAUAAUCUAGAAAGAAAGGUUUUUUUUUUUUUCUUUUCCCUCGGUAUCAUCUUCAUUUUUGUCAAACGGUAGUUGGUGCCGUUCCUCCCUUUUAUGUGUCACUGAAACUAUUAAAAAUGCCCAAAUGCAUUGGCCUCAGACUCUCUCCUAGACUGCCAACGUUGGCGGGUAUAUGUCCUUCUUCUUCAUCAUCUCAUUCGGGUCCUAGCGCUGUUGGGUCUGUUCCCAUUCUAGCAAAAGCACUAAACAAGUGGAAAACUGGAGGCAGAGCGCCUCGCCGUUUGGUGUUGGGCCUGGGGGUCUCAUUUUGGGCUCAAUUGAUGAACAUGUCUGGUGCUGUUGGUGGCAAGUCUUUCACGGCCUCUGCAAGGCUCAAGAGCGGUCCUUCUUUUGAAGAGAUAUUGAAGAAUGUGGAAUGGCCGGAGCAGUUUCCCUUCAAGGAGGAGGAUUUCAAGCGCUUUGAUGAGUCAUCAGAUCAAUUGUUUUAUGAGGCUCCACGCUUUGUGACACAUAUUGAUGAUCCAGCCAUUGCGGCGCUGACCAAGUACUAUUCGAAGGUGUUUCCUCCUAGCAACAGUCCAGGAGUGUGCAUCCUGGAUAUGUGUAGCAGUUGGGUCAGUCACUUCCCACCGGGAUACAAGCAAGAGCAAAUAGUUGGGAUGGGCAUGAAUGAAGAAGAGCUCAAGCGGAAUCCAGUUUUGACAGAGUAUGUUGUGCAAGACUUGAAUGUGAACCCUAAACUUCCCUUUGAAGACAAUUCCUUUGAUGUGAUUACUAAUGUGGUUAGUGUUGAUUAUAUAACAAAGCCUCUAGAUGUUUUCAAGGAAAUGCGCCGGAUUCUUAAGCCUGGUGGACUUGCUAUAAUGAGUUUUUCCAACCGUUGUUUCUGGACUAAAGCAAUCUCAAUAUGGACAUCAACUGGUGAUGCUGAUCAUGGUUUGAUCGUCGGAUCCUAUUUCCACUACGCCGGAGGAUUUGAACCACCUCAGGGGGUGGAUAUAUCUCCCAACCCUGGACGCUCAGAUCCCAUGUACAUUGUAUACUCUAGAAAAUUAUCUACGGUAUAGAUACAUGACGCGACGAAUUUCGAUGGCCUAAUCUCAAGAGAAACUGUUACCAAUAAUUUCAAAUUCAUAGCAAGUGAACUUAGCAAGUUUUGCCUCUUCUUUUUCUGCCUGUAAUGUUCACUCCAAUGUGCAUGCCACCAUUUUAUGUUCUUGAUCUUCUAAAUUGGUAAUAUCUCUGUAAAAAGGAAAAAGCAGAGCUCGAAAUUCUCUUCUUGGACAAUAGUUUCUAACUAAAUAAUUUUGAACACCUUGUUCCUUGCAAA